AUGAAAGCGAGCUUUUGGUUUGACCACUGGUUCCCGCUAGGACCUCUAAUAGAUCAUUUUGGACCGUCUGGCCCAAGGCAAACAGGUAUACCUUUGACCUUCUCUGUCGCAGAUGCUUGCUCAGAAAUUGGCUGGACUCUUCGCCCGGCUAGAUCUCCUGCAGCAGAAGAGUUCCAUAUCAUGUUGUGCUCAUUACCUCUGCCGUCUCUCGCUUUAUCUUCUAAUACUUACUCUUGGGCAGCAAAUGAUAUGGACCUCCCUGAGUUCUCUGCAAAGCACACUUGGGAAUCAAUAAGACCCCGUCAACAGAAGAAAGAGUGGGCAGGAAAGGUUUGGUUCAAAGGGCACAUCCCUAGCCAUGCUUUCAUGAUGUGGGUGGCGCAGCUUGAUAGACUUCCUACACGAUCUCGAUUGGCUUCUUGGGGGCUUCAAAUCGAUACUUGUUGUUGUGUCUGUAACAACUACCACGAGACGCGGGAUCACAUCUUCCUGCGAUGCGCAUAUGCUGAGCAAAUAUGGAAGAUUGUGAUAAGGAGGUUAGGGUACAUACCGAUAUUAUUCCACACAUGGGAGGCUUUUCUCACUUGGAUUGGACUGAAGGUCUCUCACUGUCCUUCUACCCUGCGCAAAGUUACAGCUCAAGCGGUCAUCUACAGGCUUUGGCGCGAGCGUAACAACCGUCUCCACAAUGGAAUACAGACACCCCCGGAAGUAUCCUUCAAAGAAAUUGAUAGGCAAGUCAGAAAUGAAAUCUUGGCCAGGAAGCAUCGUCACACGUUUCAAAACCUCAUGAGUAUCUGGUUGACAUAUGAGUAA